AUGAGCAUGACGGAGAGGUUAGCUUGUAGCACUUAGAUAAUGUUACAUAUCGCGUGUAGCCAGCUGUUCAGUUUUCAGGAGUAACAGUAUAGCAAGCAUUUAAAGCGGAUUUCAAUGACUGACUAAUUGCUGGUUAAUAGCUAGUUAGGGUGAAUAUGCUUUCCACACUUAUUUUAGUGUCUUUUUAAAGAGUGGAUACCCAUCACUGGUGUGGAAAUCAGCUGCACCUACAAGUCUGUCGCUGGAUAAAAGUUGGCAUUUAUUAAAGACUGAAAUGGAUAAAAAUACACGAAAGGUUCGGAAUGAGGACAUUAAUCCAUGCAUUGAAGAAAGUUCUGGCUCUCAGAAGUGUCUGGAUGCUUACAACUAUGACAAGAGCAUGUGUUCAGCCUAUUUCCAGAGAUAUAAGAACUGUAGGAAGUACUGGCACAACAUAAUGGUGCAGAGGAGGAGAGAUGGAGUGAGUCCCUGCAUGCCCACUGCAGCAGAGAGGCAGGAGAUGCUGGCUGCCAUCGGUGGAAAACCCUACUGAGUGAUGAAGGUCACCCAGAGACACUGAAGACCAGAGGACCACACAUUCUGGUGAUGUCACACACUGCAUGAGCUGAGAGUACACUGUGAUCCAAGCUCAGCUCACAUGAAGAAGACCACCUGUACCCCCUCUUUAUUCUGAAACACAUUGAAAGAGAGUGGAGGCACACAGUAGAGGAAGAUUAUUUACUGAGUUUUAAUAAUGAUGUGACAUGAACUGACACAGUAUUUUUGUUUUUGUUUGGAAGAGAAGGUGAACAUGUUUUCAUGUGUUAUUUCAGUAGAAGACCAUUUUUACUGGUUCCAGCUGCUGAGAUCUUGUUAUUGAUCAUGAACAUUAAAGGUGCUUGAAGCCACAUGUUCAACUGUAUUAUUUACACAACACAUCCUCAUCAUUGAAUGACAGUACAGGUCUAAAAUUCAGCCGGCAAAAUGGUUUGGAUUAAAAUGAUCAUUUGGAUUAAAACGCGGUUUAUACUACCUCAAAGUUAAGCCACCUUUGUCGUCAUGGCAACAUUAAACACCACAAUGUUAUGUUUUUUUAAUUUUUUUAUAAAGAUGUACUGACUCAUGGUUGGAAACAUGAUGCUCAUGGUUGGAAAUGUUGCAGCACGGUCCAAUGUUUGCCAUCUUACUAUUGAGCCAUCCACCAGCCUGCAACUAACCAGGCAAAAUCACCUUGUACCUUAUACUGAUGUCAUCUGAACAGCCUCUUUUCCCUGAGUUAUAUGUGCUGCUGGCCUGAAUUUUUGACUUUCUUGUGAGAAAAGGCUGCAAUCUUAACUUACAGUCUGUGGAGACAUCUCUUCAUCUAUGACAUCUGCAGUAAGCUGGUAUCUCACUCACCUACAAGGUGAAGUGCAACC